UCAACUAAUAUAUAGGAUAACGAUAGAAGGUCAUAAGAUUAAUUACUACCACUUGGUUGGAUAAAUUAUAUUCAUCAUAUUGUCGGUAGAGAAAAUCACAUUGUUCAAACUAAAAAACGCGUAUUAUGUUUUUUCUCUUAUAUAACCAAAUCAAGAAAGGGUUAUUUGGUUAUAACUUAGAUGUCGUUUAGCUAAUAAAUGUAGAAAUAAAAUAAUAGAGAAAGGAAAGUUAGUGAUGAAUGAUUGAAAUGGUGAAUGAUAAUUGAAGAAGUGGGCCACGGGAGAGAAGUAUGUACUUUUGGACUCUUCCUGUAUCCAUCCACAUGAAGUGGGCAUUGUUGUCUUACGGCCUAAGUUUGCGUUAGCUCUUGAGAAAUGAAUCUUGCCUUCUUGUUUAGUGACUGGUACGGCCCUAAUAAGUAACAGGACACUAUCAUUAGGGCAUAUAUAAUUACACCUACAAUAUAUAUAAGAUUACGUGACGAUAGAUCAUAGAUCAACAACAUGCAUGAUCCGUAUAGUUUAGUGAUCUCGUUACGUCGUUAUAUUAAUUGAUGAAAAUCAAAAACUGUUUUUUUUAAGAGGAAUAUUGAACUACUGGUACAGAAAUUUUACGUCUGGUUUAGACUUUGGAAGACCUUCACGAGAAAAUGUUAGAUGUUGGUAAAUGGAUAACGCAUGCAAAAAAGAAAUAGUUUAACAUACACGAUAAUAAUGAGAGUCCCUAAUAAUGAUGGCUUAAAAAAGAAGAAUAAAAUAAAUAAAAGUGGCAGUCAUAAAAGCCUAAGCUAGGAAAUUCUUAUGGUAGACAAGAACAAGAAGGGACACCUUCGAUGAGUAAAUCUGCCGCACCACAAUCUUACAUCAUUCUCACUCCUAUUCUUGGACCUCCAUUGAUAAAUAAUAAGAUACGAAAAUUAUUCUUUUACUAAUUGUGAGUUUGUUGCAAGUUUAGAUUCUUUA